GUGUGUGUGCAUUCUGACUGUCUAGGUGAGUAGUCACUAGUCUUUGUGCGCGACAAUUAUCAUUCUGAUCGAUUCGGUGAGCGCGGGGGUGUGCAGCCGGCCCGUUUUAUAUCUUUUGUUGUUUUGUAACGCCACCAAAUCAAUAAUUUUAGUGUUGAACUCUCGCCGCUGGCUACACGCGUUCUCGAAUACCAAAAACCUUUUGGUUCGUUUUAAAUGUCCGUUACCACUUGUGUCUGAAGUGUAUUAAUUGAAUAGGACGUUCUGAAUUAUGUGUGUUGCUCAACAUAGCCGUACAUGAGUUUGGUUUUUAUCGUGAAAAGAUUAGAAUUGCAAAUACGGACCGUGCGAAAGUUGAAUAUUGAUAUCGAACUACAGAUCAGCGCCAGUUAUGUUGAGUGUGCAGUGUUAGUGUAGUGACAUGUCAUUGUGUUGUUCAUGUGUAGUGGAGAGGAGAGGAAUCCCCCUUCCCCUGGACUCUGAAUGGUAGCUACAGCUCGAGGCCUGGUAUGGACAAGGAGGGCGGCGAGGGUGCCGAGCCGGGGAAGGGGCCCGAUGGUCUGCUUGACGCCGCUGGUCUCUUUGGUGCGUACUGGGGCAGGGAUGGGAGUGCCGGCGGGGCGGCGGCGCAGGCCCAGGCUCAAGCGCAGGCCGCGCUCUUCGGCUUCGGGUCCCGGUACCCGCCGCCGACGACGCUCGGGGUCGCCGCCAACCAGGCCGCCUCGCUCGGCCUGCAUCCGGCCGCAAGCGCAGCGUGGUGGUCGAUGGCUUCACACCUAGCGGCCCAGGACUAUCUCGCUCGUCUCCAAGCCUCAGGCCUGAACUUCCCACCGCUGGGCGAUCCCUAUGCCGCACUAUCAGCUUUAUCUGGAAGCGGAAUGAAGCAGAACAAGCCAGUCAAGCCACCUGGAAGAUCUGAGAGAUCGGGCCGGAGCAGUACAUCAUCAAGCGCUUCCGCCAAGGAGAAGAGUCCUUCAACGAAUAACUCCUCGCAACCAAAUAUGGCGGACUGGAGUUCCAAUUACGGGUUCCCGAAGACCUCGUCUCCCUCAACAAUGCAUUCCCAGUCGUUGUCGAGUCUGGCCUCGCUCAACAGUCUAGUGUCAGCGCCCCAUCAGCACAAGCCGGCCAAAACUAACCCGUCCUCUUCGCAGUCCAGGAAGUCAUCGUCGUCGGGUCCGUCGAAGAACAAGGAGCGCGAGCUUGCUCUGCUGCGUGGGGACCUCAUGCUGGCGCAAGCCGCCGCGCACGGCGCCUACCACGCUGCCGUCGCCGCCGCCAAGGGCAAGAAUAUGUCUCCCUUAUACCCCUUCGGAAUGGGUUCAGAAAAGGACCGACACGCCGGAUUUGACUCCCUCACAGGACUUCCACACACAAUAUUAAGUGCGGCUCUGGAAGGAGGUGAUCCGGCGUCAGUACUGGGGGGAGUGAGGCUACCCCCGGAUACGGAAAUCAUCAAGUACACCUCAUCCCUGGCGGGUCCCAAGGCGCCCCCCGGUUCCACGAAUAGAGGCAGGAAAAAGACCAUAUCCUUGGACCCUCCACAAGUGUCGGUGCAUCCGUCGUCGGGGGACAGGAGCGCGCCGCUACCGAGCAAGAGGCCUAAGGUGGACGAGUACGGCGCGUCUCGCUCCUCGGUGGAAGUGAUCCGACUGCCCCACGGCAAGCAGGAGAGAGCACACAAUUCAACUCCGCCGCAUAACUUCUCCGAUUACGCAGGUAUAUCUCGGGAGCUGCUACAAACCAUAGCUAGUCAGAGCGGCGUCAGCUUAGCGGCUCUGGAGAGGCAGCUCGCUGGUGCUACGCCCUCAGGAGAGUCAGGAGUCGGCAUGAACAAGUCCGUCGGUGGCGAGCACAGCCCUCUGGACCUGGGCUCCAAGUCCGCUGACGACGACAAGCCUCUGAACCUAUCGCUCAAGCCCACACCCUCGUGCACUCAAGCCUCGGAUGCGCUGUCCCGACUGACGUCACUCAGCAGCUCGCUCAGCGCUUCCAACGAUAGAUCCUCCCGACGCAAGCCCGGCGCCAAGCCGCGCAGGGUGGCGCCCGACUUCGCGCAGGCAGACUCGCCGCGACCCAAGUCCAGCGGCAGCGAGGACAGCGAAUCGGUGUCGGGCUGGCCAUCCCGGGAAGGAAGGCCGCGGAACCUGGGCCGCGGGGUCAGCAAGCCCAAGAAGAACACGGUCGCCUCCCUGCUCGCGCAGAGCCGCGCCCUCGGCCUGCGCCCCGCGCUGGCGCAGCAGCUCCUCGGGGAAACCGACCUGGAGAAGCUGAAGGCGUUGCUGGGCGAGACUGCCAGCACGGACUCGGAGUGCCCGUCGGACAGCGGGCCCUCCGACUCGGACGCCAGCGACUCCAGCCGCCGCCCCAAGGAGUCCCAGCUCCGCCUGCCACUGGCACUAGGCUGGAAGCGAGUGACCGUGAUCCGAGGGUUGUCCCGGAACUGCAGCAUUAAGGGAGACGUGAGCUACUCGCCGCCGGAGCCCCACGCCGCCCUCAAACUCAAGUCCAUGCAGGAACUGCAAUCGUUUCUAGACUCGAACCCGUGUCCGCCGUUGUCCCUGGACAACUUCAGCUUUAGUUCGCGCGCGAUCCUCGGCGAGUACGUGCAGCCCUGCGCCGACGUCGCCGACCCGCUGGUCUUCAACGAGACCGAGAUCACCAAGAGGCUGGAGGAGGCGCGUGCGCUGAGCUCGCUGGGCAGCCGGCCGACGCCGCCGCCGCUGGACCGCCGCAUGGAGCUGGCGCGCCUGCAGCAGGCCGCCCGGGACGCGCGCCGGGACCACUCCGUCCGCUCCAAGGACCAGGCGCGUCUAGUCAGAGAGCUGGAGAAGUCUGAGAAGGCUGAGCUGGCGAAGCGGGAGAAGGAGGCCAGGAGUCAGCAGCUGUUGGAGCACAUCAACAAGAACCGAACCCAACUGACGAUCGAGCCGGUGCCGUCCGUAUCGAAGGAAUGGAAAGUUCCAGAUGUAUCGAUGGGCCCCGCUAAGGCCCACAGAGAACGAGCCAUGCCCCCGAUAAGCUUGUCACUGAUACCGGUCUGCUGCCCCAACGAAUCCCCAAUAAAGAACAUUCUCGAUUGGAAAGUCGAGCAAGAGGAAUACAACGCUCUAGAUAAAAUGAAGGAUUUCGCUGAAAAAGCAGCCUUCGAUCUGCCGAAACGUAAAGACUAUGAUUAUCUCAAGGCGGGCGAUAAAAAAAAACCUCCCGACAAAGAGAACAAUCUAGAUAAGCUAAUCGAGUCGUAUUCUAGAAUAACUGAGUUCAUAAACGGCUGCGAUUGGUCGAAACUGCAAACGGACAAAAAGACUGAAAACGCUGUGGCGUUAGAGAAAAAAUACUUGGACGCUAAAAACGAAUUCAUGUCGCAAAACCUUAGCUUGAUGCCGAAGGAGACCAAGAAAUCGGUUCUCAAGGACGUGAUAGACUUGAGCGAAGACGAUGACGUCACGGAUGUGGUUUCCAAAAAAAUAUUAAACCAAGGAACGUUUUGCGUCGGAAAAGACGGGGCUCUAUCGAUUUCGAUACAUCCAUACAAAGAUUACGGAUCGGCUAAAAAGAGGAAACAGGAGGAGAUAGAGAAGCAGAGGAUGGAGGAGCAAGCUAAAAAACAACAGGAAAGAGAGAUAAAAAGGCAACAAGCACUGCUACUAAAAGAACAGCAAAAGUAUAUAACAGAGGAAAGAGAAAGGAGACGCCAACACACAACUUUCAUCCGGCAGCUAGACGCCAGGAGGAGAUGGGAGGAGAGGGAGAGAAAAAAGCACCAGAACCUGCUGGACAGGUUGCUGGUCAAAGAGAAGAAGCUGCAGCAGAGACGAAAAGAGAUGGAACUGCUUUCGGAAUUGAGGCGACCUCAAGAAGACUCGACUCUCUCAGACCAGAAGCCACUGCCGACCCUAAACAGAAUCCCGGGUCUGAAGUUAGCGGGGCAGGCCAUGGCAGACAUACUGCAAGUUUACGAGUUCAUACACAACUUUGGACAAACUUUAGGAUUCGAUCUGGACUGUAUGCCGACUCUGAGCACGUUACAAGCGGCACUCCUCCCGAACUGUAACGCUGAUGCUGAAGAGGAACUAAUUCAAGUGUUAACGCAGCUUCUCAUCACCGCUAUCGAGGACCCGGGCAUACCCCACCCGGGCCGGCACACCACGCUGCUCGGUCACGCCAUCCGGAUGGGCGACAUAACUCCCCACAACCUGAGCGAAGUGCUCCGGAUAUAUUUGUAUGCCAACGCUACCGGAGAGGUCAAGGCGUUGACAGGUCUGACGGCGGAGCGUGAGCGAGAGCGUCGCGUGGCGGACCACCACCAGACCGACGCCGAGAUGGUGCAGACCAGCGCCACCACGCGCAACGCCGCCUACUACGAGCAUCUGCACAAUAACGGCACCUACAAACUAUCCGAGGCCCUUCGUGACAAGCCCUUCGUCGCCCUCAACGCUACGGUGAAGGCGAAGAUCCUCGCGUUCCUCUGCAACGAGCUGCUGCAGAACAAGGCCGUGCUGCGGCAGAUCGACGGCUCCCUGGAACAUCUCACGCAGCUGAAGAAGGAACGGUACCUCAUGGAUAUGAAGAUCAGGAAAGUCCGCGUACUGCACCAGCGGAAGCUGCGCGCCGAGCAGUCGGAGAAGCAGCAAGCUCUCGCGCUGGAGCGGAUGCAGCGGCUCGUGGAGGAAAGCUCCGGCAACACGAGAGCUUCCCCGCACUCACACGACGAAGAACAACAGAUGCACGAGAAACAAGAGACUCCGAAGAAGCAACCGAAGGAGCACGCGCUAACUCCCGAAGCGGACGACAAGACUGACUCGCCUUCGCCGUACAAAGAACCCCAGCACGUUGAAGAAAGCGACAAGGAAUUGUCGCCUUUAAAGGACUUGUCCAACGGCGUGAAGAGCAAGGAGCUGCUGAACAACAACAAGGAGGAGUGCGGCGGCGGCGACGCGUCCAAGCUGGACAAGGACAGCGUGCUGGGCGACGACGUGCUCAGCGACCCGGAGAGCGACGGCGCGCAGCACGACGAGGACGAAGACAAGAAUUUAUCAGCUGAAGAACUUUCAAGAAAGCUCGAGAAGCUUCUGAGGCAGUCGGAACAACAGCUGCAGCAGCUUCAGGCCGGCUCGCACGCACUCCGCGCCACUUGCUACGGACAGGACCGGUACUGGCGUCGCUACUGGUCCCUGGGUAAAGCCGGCGGCAUCUUCGUUGAAGGGAUGGAGUCUGCGCAGCCUGAGAUCUUAAUGUAUCAUGAGACCCUCGAAAACAACCUCGCCAGAGAUAAGGAUGAGAUGUCUAUUGCGAAGAAGAAAGAGGUGAAAGAGAAGAUUGAGCCGCCGUCGGAAGAGGGAGACAUCAGACCAGACGACACCGAGACUCAAGCGGAAGCUCUCAAAUCGCAAUUGGAACUGAAAAACAUCAAGUCUGAACUCAACCUCAGCGACCACACCCAGAUCAUCAAGUAUGAGCCGAACGUCAAACAUGGCGCCUGUAAGGUUGAGGGCUCGUCAAUAAAAAUGGAGGAGAAGUUCAUUCAGCACAAACAGAACAGCGAGGGUCAGGACAUGCUGGACAUCGAGGACUCCAUACCGACCGCCUUCCUCGUCCAGAAGCCGACCCACAAGCCGCUGUACGCCGCCCAGGCCGAGCCCGCCGACCGGCCCCAGGAGAUCGUCAAGGUGGAGAACGUCAAGGUCGAAGCUCCAGAACAAGACACCAAGGACCAGCUUGUCAACAACCUGGAGGAGCUUCGUAAAAUGGCCGAAGCCGUAUCGUCACAGCUCGACGCCGCCAAAAAAGCCGAGGAGAUCAAACAGGAGAGCCUCAAGUCGGAGACCAGCGAACCUGACAGCGCUCAGGCGUACCUCCACUCGAAGAUCUUAGAAGGAAAAUGGUUCUCGAUACUGAGGCACGAGAGUUCAUUCUUGAACAGCAUCAAUGAUGGAGACGACGUGGCAUAUUGCGACAACGAGCACACGUGCGCCGAGGUGGCGGUGGCGCAGGGACACAAGUGGGACGUCUCCAACAACCUGCAUCUGCUGCGCGACCCCAGUCUCUUCACGCUCAACAGCAUGGUGACCAGCGUGCAGGUGCCCCCGCCCACUGUGUGCGCCGACAGCAGCCUCACCAUGUCCGGCCUGCACCCAGACGUCAUGGAGGCCAGCCUGGCCGGGGACGCGGCGAUGGAUGAAGACGAGAACAAAGAACAGGAGAACGACUUAGAGAAGGAGCUCCAAGCGGACAGGCUGAAGCUUGACGCGGCGGCCCAGCGCGCCAAGGCCAGCAGCCUCACCAGCCUCGGCCUGCUCAACUUCAACGCGCUGUCCACCUACGUCACGUGCGACAGCCCGCCGCCCAUACAGAUGUCGCCCGACGAGCUCGAGCAGCUCGACUACUGCAAGAUAUACGGACUGCCCAAGAAGAUCAGCGGGAACUUCGUGACCAGGGAUCUCAGGCACGGCUGGUGGCGGAUCACGGACUCCGAGCAGCUGAGGGCGCUGAUGGAGGCUCUCCAUCCGCGAGGAGUUCGAGAACGGGAGCUGCACGCGUCCUUCGUCAACCACCUACCGACCGCCAACAACAAGCUGCACAUAGACCUGGGCGAUGUCCCGGUCGAUUUGGACCCGGGUAACCUAGACCCGGGUAGCGAGGACCCGGGUGAGCACUCCGCCGGGUACCCGCCACCCGACUCGCCCUCGUCGUACUGCGCGCUCACCGCGAGACGGGUCGAUCUGAAUCUAUUGCAAAUGGUAGAGCAGCUGGAGGAGCGCGUGGCGGCGGCGUCGCUGCAGACCAAGGGCUGGCGGCCGUCGCGCGGGGCGGCCGGGGCGGCGGCGGGGGGGUUGGGGGGCGCGGAGCUGGUGGCGCGCGCGCGGCUCAAGCUGGCGGCCGUGGAGGCGCACAUCGAGAGGAGAUACCUCAAACCGCCUUUGGUACAAAGGUAUGCUAGCACAGCGGAAGCGAACCUGGGAGCGAUGUUGUCAGGCGAGCACGGCAACACGUCCGCGCCGUCGCCGCAGAACUCUGACGGCGGGAACGAGUCUAAAGACAACAAAGGCAUAGCCCGCGGACUGGCCACGUGGAGGGACGCCGUGGCGCGCUGCAGCACGUCAGCGCAGCUCGCCAUGCUGCUGCACGCGCUGGAGACCGCCGUCGCCUGGGACAAGAGCGUCAUGAAAGCCAACUGUCAGUUUUGUCUGAACGGCGACAAUGAGGAUCAGCUGCUGCUCUGUGACGCGUGCGACAAGGGCUACCACACCUACUGCUUCAAGCCGCGGAUGGACAAGAUACCCGAGGGAGACUGGUACUGCUGGGAGUGCGUGAACAAGGCGCGCGGGGAGCGCGUGUGCAUCGUGUGCGGCGGCGCCAGCGCGGGCCGCGUCAUCCCGUGCGCGCUGUGCGUGCGGGCCUACCACCAGGACUGCCACUACCCGCCACUGGCCAAGAACCCGCGCGGCAAGUGGUACUGCAACAACUGCAUAUCGCGCGCGCCGCCCAAGAAGCCGCGCAACGCGAAGAAACGAGACAACAAGCACAAAGACAAGGACAAGGACAGCAGCCUCGAACUCGACCACAGCAUGGCGCCCAGCCCGGCGCCUUCCCACGCGUCCUCCUCCACCGCGGCCGAGGAGGGCGCAGCCCCGGACGCCGCCGACCUGCCGCGGGACUGCACGCACGCUUGCAUUACUGCGCCUGCAGCAGAUCUACCUGAAGACGGUCCGCCGCCAGAGAAGAGGAGAUCUCUCCAGUACGUCGGCGGCAACGGCGCGGUCCACGACGACGACCAGAGCAUCGACAGCGAAGACAGAGACACUGAAAACGUUCCGGCGCCUCCCCGAGCCAAGAAAGAGAAGAAUUCGGCCAAGAAACUCUUAAAGGAACUACAGUUUUGCAAGAACCUGCUCUGCGAGAUGGAGUGCCACGAGCACGCGUGGCCGUUCCUGCUGCCGGUCAACAACAAGCAGUUCCCGCAGUACAAGAAGGUCAUCAAGUGCCCCAUGGACCUGUCCACCAUCAAGAAGAAGUUGCAGGACAGCUCGUACAAGUGCAAGGAGGAGUUCGCCUCUGACGUCCGCCUCAUCUUCAGCAACUGCGAGGUAUUCAACGAGGACUACAGCCCGGUGGGGCGCGCCGGACACAACAUGAGACAGUUCUUCGAGGAGAAGUGGACCCAAAGCUAAAACCUCACCGGAGAACGCUGACCUCAAACGCGGACGCGUUGUCGACUGGCGCAGGCGUGCUUAGUCGCGCAGACGGGUGCACUAACUCGCCGCCCACCCGCUGUUAAGUGGCCACCGAUAUCAGAUCAGACUUACUGGUGGUAGGACCUCAUGUGAGUCCGCGCGGGUAGGUACCACCGCCCCGCCUGCCGUGAAGCAGUAAUCCGUUUCGGUUUGAAGGGCGGUG